AUGAAAAUCUUCCUUCCUCCUUGCUUGAAUCUCCCUUGAGAGGUAAGAAUCUUCACUCCCCUAGAUUAGGGAAAACCCAAUCUCCUUCUUCCUCCUUUGAAUGAGAUUGUAGUGACAAGUUAAUAAGUAUCAAUGAUAUCCAAGUUUGCUUUUAGUUAACUAGAAUAUCGAUUUGGUUGAGACUAGCGGUGGCGAGUCAAUAAUGACCAAUUAUUACGAAGUUUGCUCUUAUUUGAGCAUAGGAUCGAUUUAGUUGAGAUCGACUACAACACUUGUUCGUAGCUAAUAUUUUGUUAGAAUGAUGAAGGGUUUCCCUAGAAUAAUUAAAGGUUUGGCGUUGGACUUUUAGAUUAUUUUUGGUUAGAACGAUGAAGGUUUGCGACUUUGGAUUAAAUAAGCUAAGGUUUGGUGGAUGUCGUUAGUUUGUUUUGGUUAAUAAUUGAUAAAGCAAAGGAUGAAAUUGAUAGGGAUAACAUGUGAGCUUCAUUGUACAUCAGUGAAAUAAAAUCUUAACUAUAAUUAAGUGGGCUCUUAGCCUCUUACACACAAUUGCUAACAGAUACAAAAAUAAAACGAAAUACAACCCCAUAUAAAAUGAAAACCCAAACAAGGCUUGAAGCCCAUCUCCUUGGUGCUCAAACAAGCCGCAAACCUGCAGAAGGAAAGAGAAAGUAAUUAGAACUAGAUCCAAAUUGAAAACCAGUUCAAGCACACCAAUUUUGAGCCCAUCCCAGCUCAAUUCGAGUCAAACUUGGUCAACCCAAAAUUGUCCUUUUUUGUUGUCGAAAGGACAAGCAAAAGAGAUACUGCUGCCUUUUCGUUCUUCAAAAUGGAAGAGGCAGCCACCACUUACAGACCACACUCAUUAGUCAUCAUAGAUACCAACACACAAGAAAUAAUUAACAAGAGAGCUAAGAGGAAUUUAAAAAGGCUUUCUUACCAUAAAAAAGGGGGGUCGGUAAAAACCAAAGAGAAAAAGGGGAGGCAAGGAGUGACCACAAAAGAGAGAGAAUUAGAGAAACAAGGGCAGCUGAUGCUCGAGAACAAAACCGAAAGAAUAAGCAGCAAGCAAGAGGCAGCAAGGAGGAACUGGGAAACAGAAGGCAGCAAGCAAACAAGCAACCAACAAAAAUCAGCCUACAACUCUUCACAGUUCCAGGUUGGUAUCUCUCAAAUCCAAACACAUCUCAUAUUUCAUACAUAUAUACAAAUGAUCAUUGUAUUCACCUAAUAUGAAUGUAGCUAAAAGUGUAAAUGAAUGUUCCUGAUAGAAACUUGCGGUUUCUAUUAAUACUGUUAUUAUCAUUAUAUAUUUAUUAUUAGGAUUAUUAUUAAGGUUAGUAGUAUUUGAGUCAUAUUAGGUUAGUCUAUUAGGUUUUUUGAGUCUUUCGUUAUAAAUAUGAACUCUGCCUUCUUUUGUUCAAUUAAGCAGAAGUUAAUAAAAUAAUUAUCUUCCGAAACCCUAAGUUCUCCCUAGCUCUUAAUUUCUCUUCUUCCCUAGUCCAAGGUUUCGGCCGAUUGUUAUUCUGUUCUUCCUCCCCUAACUCCCCAUCUCAAUCCCUAAUUAUGUUCGUAUAAACCCUAAUCCCCAAAUAUCAAGCCGAUAGUCACCAUGUUUCUAUCAUUUGGUAUUAGAGCCAACAUGAGCUCGUCAUAGCUCUCUGAUCUGGAGUGGGCUCAAAUCAACCAACAACUACAGCAAGCAAUCGACGCACUUGAUCGAAUGGCUCUGGCGCGGGGGUGGGCGAUGGGGGUCGAGCCACCGCCUGGUGCAUCGGCGACGGCAACCGAGGCGGCGGCCGAGGGCGCCACUGCAACGGAAUGCCGCGCGGCAGAGGCAGAACGGGAGGUGGCGCAGGUGAACCCAAUCAAUCCACCAUUGUCACCCAGCGUCCACACCAGCGAACAGCUGAGAAAAGAAGCUUCCGUGGCCGUAGAGGUCGCAGCUACUACUACGCCUAUUAUCAAUAGAUCAACAAAGGAGCUGAUGACCCCUCCACAAUCGCCGUUCAUGGUUGAUUCGUCAACUGUCACUGAAUUGAUUGUAGGCGACGCCGGCGCUAGGCCAACUGAUCCUCCUAAGGAGACGGAGGUUGCUACGUCUUGGCUUCCUUGCAAAGGUUCGGGAACCUCAACUAAUAAUCAAUUUCUUUUGUUAGUUGAUGGAUUUAAUCGAGUUGGUGGGAUAAAUCAUAAAGUAAUUAAGGUGGCUUGGGUCCCUGUACCCCAAGGGAAGGGGAUGCAUUCACCUAUAAUUAAUGGUAUUAGUAUACGAAUCACAUUGGCUGUUGUAAUUAUGUUUGUCGAGAGGAGUAGAGGGGUCCAACUACAAUUGCUUUUGUGGAAGUUUCGGAAGAAAUGGCAACAUGUAUAAGAGGUGGGAUUGCUGUGUUGGAAUUUCUCCAAGUGUCCUAAGCAUAAGGGAAGACCAGCAAGGCGUACUUGUGAGUCUCAGGUUGGUGGCGGCUGGGGUCCUCUUCUCACGAACCCUAGGUCGCUAUCCUUGGAAGCACUACAACAGCAGCACAUUCCGUUGGGCAGAAUGAAUUGGGCUGAUCUUCUUGAUGGGUUUGGACGAAGGGGUCAGCUAAACCAGUCGAUUGGGGUGGAGAAUUUCGCAAUUUGGGCUCUGUUUGGACCAAUUAUCGGGUCGCAGCUGAGAAAGAUGGGGGCGGAGUGGAAGCUAGAGUUUGGGCUGAAGUAUGAAUUGGGCUCAAUGACUUUGGAGAUGGAGCAUGAUUGGAAGAAAAGAAAGCACGAGGAGUGGGCGAAUCGACGCGCGGAUUGCAUGAUCACGACAGAGGAAGAUGUCAAUUUGGUUAACCUUGAGGGCAAGGUUGAUUUCAAGGGGGAGGGUAUGAUAGAAACCUGCGGUUUCUAUUAUUACUGUUAUUAUCAUUAUAUAUUUAUUAUUAGGAUUAUUGUUAAGGUUAGUAGUAUUUGAGUCAUAUUAGGUUAGUCUAUUUUCGAGUUUUUCGUUAUAAAUAUGUACUCUAGGUCUUUUGUUCAAUUAAGCAGAAGUUAAUAAAAGAAUUAUCUUCCCAAACCCUAAGUUCUCCCCUAGCUCCUAAUUUCUCUUCUUCCCUAGUACAAGGUUUCGGUCGAUUCUUAUUAUGUUCUUCCUCCCCUAAUUCCCCAUCUCAAUCCCUAAUUCUGUUCGUAUAAACCCUAAUCCCCAAAUAUCAAGCCGAUAGUCACCUUGUUUCUAUUAGUUCCUCUUGGUAGAUCAGUAUAAAUAGAAUAGAUCAAUAUGCAUAUGGUUUCACUAGAGACCUACUUUGCUUCCGCUUGCUAUUUUUAUUUGAAACUCAUGCUAAGAGCUAACCUAUAAGAACAUAACUAGCAUGAGCAUGAUGAUCUGAUUUGCAUACAACGGACAAAACAAGAAGUAGUUCGUAUCCGUGUGCUUCUGCUAGAUAUGUUUCCGUGAUUGCUAAUCCUUUAUACUCGUGUAUCUAGACAUCUAAUUUAGUUUACAUUUGGCUCUAUUGACCCACCUAAGUUUCAGAUCUCAGUCCAGGGUCGAUUUAAUAAAUAUCAUAACUUAGAACUUAUUUUAAGUUCAGUAAACUACAAAAAUAACAACCUUCUAGUGUUGGUCACCAUAUAGAGGCAAGAAUGAUGAAACACAGUUAAUCGUUAAGUUAAUAAGUGCUGAUGUUCAUC